AUGAUUCCAGUCAAGACUGUGCUGUUAAAGAGCAAGACUCUGCUUAGUGGUAGGAUGCCUGUGCGCCUUUCUAAUGGUAUGCAGUUGCGCAACAGAACUGCCAUCUUGAAGCGUGGCAUUACCAAUAGGUUAAGCAAUCCGCAGAGGAAGUCCAAUGAGAUUGUCCGCAAAGCUAGGAGUUAUGCUAGUGUUACCACGAAACAGAAGGAGAAAUACAUUGUUUCUGUAAAUAUGAAAUGGGCGGUGCUAACAGGUGUCACAAUUGUUCUUGGGACUCUGUUGCUGACUUCACGUAGAAUUGAGGAAGAUGAGGAUAGCAAGAAGGACAGCGAGGGCCAAGGGAAAAGGUAUAAGAAGAUUAGGAUUCUUGACAACAACUGGCUAUUUUUUUGCUACUCAACGUUACCUUUGAACGCUAUUUCACGUCUUUGGGGCCAGGUUAAUUCCUACACUUUACCCAUUUGGUUAAGACCUUCGGGAUUUAAAUUUUACUCUUACCUGUUUGGUGUUAACUUGGAUGAAAUGGAGAACCCAAAUCUAGAGGACUAUGCAAACCUAUCAGAUUUCUUCUACCGUAAUAUUAGGCCUGAGACCAGACCUGUUGCUCCUGGUGAUGAAGUCAUCGUUUGUCCUAGCGAUGGUAAAGUUCUUCAGAUUGGUAUUAUUAACUCUGAAACUGGCGAAGUUGAACAGGUCAAAGGAUUAACAUAUUCUAUCAAGGAAUUUUUGGGUACGCAUAGCCAUCCUUUACUAUGUAAGAGUGAAUCCACUCUGGACUUAUCCGGCCAUGAAGAGCGCCAUCAGGAAUUUGCACGAGCAAACAAAUUCAAAGUGUCUUAUUCAUCUCCAGACUUGAAUGCUACGAAAGAUGAGGAGGCAACUGACGUUAUUAAAUUUGAGAAUGAGGGUGAUAAAACUGUCGACGAGUAUAAUACUCCUAGCAUCUCUAAGACAAUGAAACUUCUAACCGAAGUCUCACCUAACUUCCCUUCAUAUACUUCGAGUAUGACUGGCCCCGAAGAGACUAACCUAUAUUUUGCUGUCAUCUACUUGGCUCCUGGUGACUAUCACCACUUUCAUUCACCAAUAAACUGGGUUUGUCGCCUCCGUCGUCACUUUCCUGGUGACCUUUUCUCUGUUGCACCAUAUUUUCAAAGAAAUUUCCCCAAUCUGUUUGUUUUAAAUGAGAGAGUUGCUCUUUUAGGUUACUGGAGACAUGGAUUCUUCAGUAUGACUCCAGUUGGUGCCACUAAUGUUGGAUCAAUCAAAUUGAAUUUUGAUGAAGAACUAAAGACCAAUGCAAAAAGGAGGAAAAUAAAACCACAUACUUGCUAUGAAGCCGUUUAUGAGAAAGCCAGUAAGGUUUUAGGGGGACUUCCUUUGACAAAGGGGGAGGAAAUGGGUGGUUUCAUGUUAGGAAGCACUGUAGUUCUUUGUUUUGAAGCACCAAAAGAUUUUCAAUUCCAUAUCAAAACUGGUGAGAAAGUCAAAAUGGGACAAAAGCUAGGCUCUAUCCAGAAAGACUAA